AUGGGGGAAAUCCAUGAAGAAUUGCCUGAUUAUGUCAUGUUCUUCUCGCCUAUUUUGUGCGAGGAAGACCCUGGAGAGGAGGAAGGGCACCAUGAGAGAGACAGUGAGGGAGGUGACACUCAUGAAGGGAAGGGAGACAGCGGUGGGAACAAUGAGGGUGAGCAUCAUGAUGGAGACGGUGAUGGAGAGGAAGACAAGGGUGCAGCCAGGGAUGGACCUGGGACCAAAUACAGAAAGGAAAAGGAAGCAGAGGAAAAGCCUGGAGAGGAGGAUGGGGACCAUGAGAGCCACACUCAUGAAGGGGAUGGAGACAGCGGUGGGGACAGUGAGCAUGAGCCUCAUGAUGGAGAUGGUGAUGGAGAGGAAGACAAGGGUGCAGCCAGUGAGGGACCAGGUACCCAACACAGCAAGGGAAAGGACUGGCAGGAAGGAAAAGGAAGCAGUGUCGGGCUGGAUGCUUUGGAGGUGGAGGAGGAGGAAGGACCAUAUCAGUCCCCACUUCAGGAAAACAAGGGAAAGGGUGACCUUGAGGACAACUCUGAUGGAGAUGAAAGUGAUGAGGACAGCAGUCAGGAAACUGGAGAUGAUGACCACCAUGAAGUCGAUGGUGAUGGCAACAGUGAUGAGGGAAAAGAGAGCCGUGCCAAGCAUGAUGCAGCAAGAGAGAAAGGGCAACAUCAGGGCAAGAACUUUGCUCCGGAGGAGAUCUGCCCCAAGGGAGGAGAAGGCAGGGCCUUGCAACCACAGAGGAGCCAGCUGGAGAUGGGAGACCCACAGCCAGGCGGCAAAGGAGGAAAUAUGGACUGUGGUGAAGGUGGUCAAGAUCAUGGUAAGGAUGGAGAUGGAAGCAAACACAGUGAUGGUGACCACAAUGUAGGGAAAGAUGAUGCCAGGUGGGAUGCCCUGAGGGAAGAGGUGAACGAAGCCACCCAGCAUGAGAGCGACAGUGAGGGAGGUGGCAGUCAUGAAGGGGAUGGAGAAAGUGGUGGGAGCAGUGGUGGUGAGCAUCAUGAUGGAGAUGAGGAUCAGGAGGGCAGUUUCUGGGAGGACAGUGAUGAAGAGGAAGAGAAUGGUGACAGGUGUGAUACUCUGUUGAAAGAGACGAACAAACUGGAGCGGGAGAUGGAGGCACUGCAGGACCCCUCGCAAAAGACGGUGGACAUGUGGAGGAAGGAGGCAGAAGAUCUGAGGAGUGAGUACCAUGACAUCUGUUUUGACAUGGCAACAGCUGUAAACAAGAUAGUGAUUGAGUUGUGGUCAGCCCUAUGGCUUAAUACAUUGCGGGCAGUGACUGCCCUUCGGGAAACCUUGAGCCAAUUUUCGCCAGUGGAGGCAGCUGCUUUGAAAGUGGAGUUUGAUUCCUUAAAGGGCUUCGUGGAUGUUGCCUGGAGCCAAGACACAUUAGCGAAGCUGUCCCAUCUUUUUACCUUAGUGUAUGCUCUACAGGGCCUCCCUCUGCCGAAGAAGGGCCUUCCACAUGGUGAUCCACUGAAGGAAGGGGGUUACAUCAUGCUGGAAAUAGAUGCCUGGCGCUCUGUGCUACUGGAGCAGAGUUGGGAGAAGACAGAUGCCCUGCAGGUGAAGGUGGACGCGGUGCAGGGUAUCUCUCCAGAGCAGGCAGGUGAAUUGAAGGUGAAGAUGGGCGCUCUUCAGAAACACAUGGAUCUUCUGUGGAAAGCCCCCCUGAAGGAGAUGAUGGCCUUGCUGUCAAUGACAUAUGAGCCAUACCGUAUAUGGUCCUCACGCCCCACAAAAAAAGGGAACACCAUAUGGAAGAAAGCAUGUGAUCUUGCCCUUCCCCUCAAGGUUCACCUGAAGGAUGUCCCACGGGAAGAACGGCAUCUUCUGUGGGGGGAGGCGACUUCCCUGGAGGCCAUCCUUCAUGAUAUCCCAGUGGAGAAACUGGUGGUGCUGGAAGAGAAAGUGAAUGCAUGUAUUAGGAAGGUGGAGGAUAUGUUGCAGAAUUACCUAUGGAAGUCCUCGGAGGUUUCCUCUCAUAGAGAGCUGGACAAGGUGCAGGAAGAGCUGGAUGAACUACAAAAAGACCUAGAUUUCAUGCAGAGACAUCCACAUUUGAAAUAUCGGGAAAUCAAGAUGGCUGCCCUGCAUAGGAAGAUGGCUGCCCUGCAGAAGAAGAUGAAUGCCCUGCACAAGGCGGAUGCCUCCCUUGAGGUGGAUGAUGGAGAGAUAAGUGCAGGUGGAUGUUCUGGCAGAGCUGGAAACCUCAAUGAUUCUGUGCCACCUUUUAUAUCGUAUUUGUGUACUGGAUUGAGGAAUACCUGGCACAGGGAAGUCACUCCAGAGGAGCGCAGCUUAUUAGUACAAAAUUUUGCAAAAACCAUCUCUCCUGAUAAUGACUCAGAAGCAGCAAAGAAGAUCCUGGAGGCUUAUGCCAGGCAAAUAGAAGAGGAGGUCUACAGUGUGGCUGACAGUAAGAUGGAAUAUCACCAUUUAAUGGCAGAGAAGCUUAAUGCGAUGAAUAGGAAGCUAGAUGACACCUUGAGGUCUCCUUCAUCUAACCACGGCAUCAGAAGGAACGAGCAGCCACCUUUACAGGGCCCUUGGAUUCAGCUUCCUGGUGUCACAUCAGUGGCAACAACCACAGGGAGAGUCCAGCCUCCAGAACUGCCCAGCUGUGUUCCCAGUGCUGCAGCUCAGAAGAGACCUCCUUCCGAACUUGAGGCGGCAGACUAUCCAAGCAAAGCCCUUCAAAUACAAGAGCCCACCAGUCUAAAGAGACCUCAGAGACGGGACCCACCACAGCCAGAAGAGGUGACGUGUGUGGAGAGUUCUGGGGAGAGUCUUGCUGGCUGUGAAUCAGCGCUGCAAGGAGAGGAUUCAGAACCUCCCCGUAAAAAACAGAAGGUGAAUCCUGCCAGUGGGACCCAAGAGCCUUCUUUGACUUGGGAACUGUUUGCUGUUCUCCAAAAGCAUGUUGCCCUUACUAUAAACCAAAAUAUGGAGAAAGUGAGCGAUGUAGUGAGCAGGUUGCAUGGCACUGCCUUAAAGGAUACAGAAGAAGCAAAAGCCCUGAUGGCUGCUUUGGAAAAAGCUCAGGCACUUUCGAAGUCCUUCUUUGAGGAUGCCUGAUAUAAAUCUGGGGUGUUGAAUGGGUUUGGGGGUAGGGUUGUAUACCUAAGAAAGAAAUCUAGAGACAUGAAAUUAGGAAAGGAAUUUGUCUCUACUAAUACUGUCCAGCAUGACCCUUGUAUGCACUGGGGAUAUGUUCAAAAACCCCAGUGUAGAUUCCUAAAACGGUGGAUAAAAAGAAACGCUAUUUGUUUUGGCCAUGAACACACCAUAGAAUUGCACGAAGAGGACCUAGAGAAGCCCACAAACUGUUCUGCAUAUACUGUUCUGUUUUAAAAUCUUGACUAUAUUAAAUGAUCUCAGGGAUGCCAUUCUUAGGAAAAGAAUCCUCCCUGGAGCUCAGGAGAGAAUGGGUGCUGGUCAGAAUUGAGAGCACUGGGCUACGUUGACCAAACAUUAUAAAGCCAGUUCAGCUUAGCCUUUUGCUUAUUCAUUGCAAAAACAGUUUUUCUGUGUCUUCAAGAG